AUGCAAGACAGCCCCAGCUGCACAUCUUUCAUAUCUAUCUAUCUAUCUAUCUAUCUAUCUAUCUAUCUAUCUAACUCAGUGUAUUCAUAUCUAUCUAUCUAUCUAUCUAUCUAUCUAUCUAUCUAUCUAUCUACAAUUAUCUAUUAUUCUAUCUAUCUAUCUAUCUAUUUAUCUAUCUAUCUAUCUAUCUCAGUGUAUUCAUAUCUAUCUAUGUUCAUAUCUAUCUAUCCCAGUUCAUAUCUAUUUAUCUCAAUCUGUUCAUAUCUAUCUAUCUAUCUAUCUAUCUAUCUAUCUAUCUAUCUAUCUAUCUAUCUAUCUCCUUUACUAUUUUUCUUAUCUCAUCUGUUAUGUUCAUAUCUAUCUAUCUAUCUAUCUAUCUGUCGAUGUUCAUAUCUAUCUAUCUAUAUUCAUAUCUAUCUAUCUAUCUUUCUAUCUAAUAUCUAUCUAUCUAUCUACUUCUGUUCAUAUCUAUCUAUUUCAAAUAUUCAUUAUUUAUCUAUCUAUCUAUCUAUCUAUCUACUUCUUUUUCAUAUCUAUCUAUCUAUUUCAGUCAUUCAUAUCUAUCUAUCUUCUAUCUAUCUAUCUAUCUAUCUAUCUAUCUAUUUCGUGUUCAUAUCUAUCUAUCUAUCUAUCUAUCUAUCUAUCUAUCUAUCUAUCUAUCUAAACUAUCUAUCUAUUUCAGUCUGUUCAUAUCUAUCUAUCUAUCUAUCUACCUAUCUAUCUAUCUAUCUAUUUCAGUCUGUUCAUAUCUAUCUAUCUAUCUAUCUAUCUAUCUAUCUAUCUAUCUAUAUAUAUAUAUAUAUAUAUAUAUAUAUAUACUCGUUAUAUACAUAUCUAUAA